UUUUUAUCAAAUCGAAUCUUUCAAGGUUGUCCAGUUUUGCGCACAGCGCAUGUUUUAUAAAACCAAUUAAAUUAACUCACAAGUAAUCAGUUUUACCACUUAAUGUGGGAUAGGUUGUUGCGCCCAUUGUCACAUUACAUAAGAAGAAUGCUACCCGAAGUGGUUUUCGUGCUGGGCGCGCCAGGUGCCGGCAAGGGAACCCAGUGCUCCUUAAUUUCCAAAGAAUAUGGUUUCGUGCACCUGUCGGCCGGUGAUCUACUGCGAGAGGAGCGACAGAGGCCCGGCUCGGAGUACGGCGAGAUGAUCGAGGAGAAGAUUCGCAACGGAGAAAUCGUGCCAGUAGAGGUUACGUGCUCCCUCCUCCACAAAGCCAUGCAGAAGUCAGGCAAAAGCCGAUUUCUGAUCGACGGCUUCCCACGUAACAAGGACAACUUGGACGGCUGGGAGCGCGUCAUGUCGGACAAGACGAAGGUACUGUUCGUUCUUUUCUUCGAGUGCAGUCGAGACUUAUGUACAGAUAGAUGUCUGAACCGAGGCGCCUCGGGCAGCGGCCGCUCCGACGACAACAUCGAGAGCCUGCAGAAGAGGUUCAAGACGUACAUCAACGACACCAUGCCCAUCAUCCAACAUUACGACAAGCAGGACAUGGUUAGAAGAAUCAACGGGGAGUUCCCCCCGGAGCGAGUGUUCGAGGAGGUUAAAAAGGUAUUUGAUGCAAUCAAACAAAAUGGAUCAAGUUAAAUAGUUUGAUGUGAAAUUUAAAUCCUAGAAAUAAGUUCAAAGUGUGAGU